UUUUUAUGAUCUUGUGUUUUUAGGUGAGGAAUUCGACCAAGAGGUAUGACGUUCAUUAACUCUUCUUUUUCUUUUUUAAUAGGUAAUUAAUUAUUUUACACAUGGAUUCUUUGGAGAAAAAGAACAGUAAGGGAAAAAGGGUGAAUUUAGAGUUAGAAUGUCCACCAUUAUCCAAGAAGAACAAGUCACACAAGGAUGGAUUCUCUGUACAGACCAAAAGACCUUGUGUAAAAGACUUGGUUGAUGCUUGGAAUAGUCUGAGUAAUCUUGACAAAGUGAGGUUUGACAAGAAAUUUGGUAGAAUUGCUGAUGUGUUGCAAGUAGAGCCGGACUGGGAAAUCAUUAGGGCAAGCCUAAGAUUUUAUGUUCCACAUCUUCGUUGCUUUGUUUUUCCUGAGUUUGAGUUGGUAUCUACCAUUGAAGAAUAUUUUCAGUUAUUGUUCAGUCGCCCAGAAAUGAGUUCAGAAGUUUAUGUCCCAGACCCUGUUAACUUUCAAUUAAAUAAGUUGCAAUUUCAAUCCAUACUACAAAGGAUUUUGAGCUUUCCUUUAGAGUUCACAGAAGGUUGCAUUAUGAAGAAGAAUGAAGUUUGGGGAGUUAAUUGGAACAUGAUGUAUUCCAAAUUAAAGUUUGAUCUAAGUUCACUUUCUGAGGAGGACCAGUUAAAUUUUGUUGCCUUGGGGAUAUAUGGAAUGGUUAUUUUGCCCACUAAUAUGGACAGUAUUAGUUCAUCAGUUGUAGCCAUGUUCGGGCAGUUGAUCAAGGAUCCAAAUCUUAAUGUAAAUGUCUCCACAAUUAGGGAGUUUGGAAUUUUGCAAAAAAGGAAUCAAUUGGAAAAGAAAAUGGCUGACCAAUGGCAUCAACAAUUCUUGAACUUGAGAUCCGAAGACAUAGUCUGGUGUGUGACAUGGUUGAAGUCUACUGAUUACUUUUAUCCUCCACGUGGCCAUAACUGGAUCCCGUUAUUGGGCGUUCGAGGAGCUAUUAGCUAUAGUUCAACAUUAUUGAUGAGGCAAUUUCGUGAUAGGCAAAGUAAACCAUUGCUAGCUAGUAUCACUUCAUAUGGGUUUGAUUAUUCUCUUGAUACUCAAGUAAUUAAUCAAAUUGGCUUUGCCAAGGAAGUAUGGUCACAAUGUGAAGUUCGUUUCUCAAGGAACAAGAUUUCAAUCACUUCUGAGUUUGAAGAAUGGAGGAAAGUUUGGCUUCAAGACAUAGUUAUCCCUUAUGACAUUCCUAUCAUUAAAGAAGCUAUCAUUGUGGAUUUGAAGAAAAGAAUAGCGGAGUUAGAAGGUUUGUCGUGUGCUCAAAGGGUCAAGCAUGAAAAUGAGAUUAGAGAGAAAAAUAUGGACAUUUAUUUUCUGGAAGGUGAGAAGCAAAAAUUGAUUAAGGAAAAGAAUUCUAUAACUUUUGAAAAAGAGGAGGCAGAGAAAGAAAUUGGCAAGCAGGCUCAAACUCUUAAAAAGUUAAGAAGAAUCAUCCAGAAGGAAGAAAGGCAGAAUGAUCAUUUAAUGAGUGAUAAAAACAAGUUGGAGGAUGAGCUCAAUCAAGCCAAGGAUCAGAGUGCCAGUUUAAAGACUCUAAUAAACCAGCAGCAGGGUGAGAUUGAUCGACUUAAGGGUUUUGAAAAUGAAGUGGAGAAUUUGCUUGACAAUAAAUUACAAUUGUUGCAAAAACUUGAGGAAGCUCAAAAUAAUGAAGAACUGAUAAAGGAAAAAUUGGCGUUAAUGCAAACACGACAAUUUUAUCAAAGUGAGAAGAUAGGAGGAUUGGAAGCAGAGGUAAGAAGCUUAGAGGGACAAUUGGGUGAGGCAUUAGCUACAAUUGAUCAAUUAAAGAGAGAAGGAGGAAAGGUGCUCUAUUUGGUCAAUGGAAUCUACUCCGAGGCAAUGAAGGUUGAGCGUACUAUUCCACCAAAUCAACAUGAUGCGGCUUCAAAUUUUGUGGAAGGGCUUUCCAGGAGGAUAAGGGAUUAUUGUGAACAUGAACUUGAAACAAUAGAAGCUCUUGCAAGGAAAAUGGCUGACGAAGCUAAUUUAGAGAAGGCAGCUUUGGAUAAUCAAGUUGAAAAUAUGGAAAAUACUUUGAAGGAAUUGAUGGCUUCCUUUCAAUCUCUUCAAGCAACCUUAGUCACAAGGGCACCUUUGACAACAAAUCCUUUAUUUGAAGGAAAUGUUCCGGUGGCAAAUCUCCCUAUGGCCACAUCUGCUUUAACUCUUGGGAAAGAGCCUAUGUCAUCUGGCCCUCCUAAUCCAAUUAUUGGUGGAACUUCUGGGACAAAACCAUUUGUUCUAAAUGCUGGUGUUGCUAUAGUUCAGUCUAAUGGUCAAGAAGAGAUUCAAGUUGUCAAGAAGAUGGCUCCUUAUGCCAAUGAUGAGAAGCUAAUGAUACAUUACUUUCAGGACAGUCUGACAGGUCCUGCAGAUGCUUGGUUCUCUACUAUAGACAAAAGUAAGGUCAAAAGUUGGCAUGAUUUGACUUACAAUUUUAUGAAGCAGUACGAAUACAAUACAUCACUAGCUCCUAGUAGAGAGGAUCUUCAAAAGACAGAAAAGAAACCAAGUGAGAGCUUUAAGGAAUUUGCACAGAGAUGGCGUGGAUUGGCUGCUCGAGUUCAACCUCCACUAACUGACCAUGAAUUGAGUAGUUUAUUCAUCAAGUCAACCAAAGGGCCUUAUCGUGAGAAGUUAAUAACUUGUGUGAAUUACACUUUUGCUCAGUUGGUUGUUGUGGGAGAACAAGUGGAGGAUGGAAUCAAGUCUGGAAUUAUCAUGGAUUAUCAAGCAAUGAAGAGUCUCCUUGAACAAUACCAAAAUGGUAGUUCAGGGGCUUCUAGUUCAAGGAAAUUCAACAAUCGGUUCCAAGCUCCAACUUAUCAAUCAACGACUUUUACAAGCCAACCAAGGACUGUUUACGCCUCUGGGGUUAAUCGUCCACAACAAGUGAGACGACAUUUUGACAAGCUUCCUCUAUCAUAUACUGAGGUGUUUCGACAAUUAGUAGAAGCAGGAAUUGUUACUCCAGUACCUAUGGUGUCGGUAAAACCACCAUUUCCAGCAUGGUACAACCCACAAGCAAGAUGUGAAUACCAUAGUGGAGGUGUUGGACAUGAUCUUGAAAAUUGUCUUGCUUUAAAGCACCGUGUCCAAGAUUUGAUAGAUGCAAAGGAGUUACAGAUUGCAUCAGAACAAAAGGUUGUUGGUUCGAAUAUCACUAAAAACCCCCUACCAACACAUGAUAGUUCAACAAUCAAUAUGAUUGAGAAAGAUUUUAAGGAAGGUCAAGAGGUGGCUGCAGUUACUUUCACCAAUCAAGUUUCAUCAACUCCUAGAUAGCCUUUAAUAUUGAAGGGACCGAUGCUUACAGUUCCACUCAAACAAGGUUGAUCUUAGAACUGUUACUGAUGAGGGCUUGAAUAAGUGAACAAUGGAGUUUUUUUUUCCUAUUGCUAUCAUUUUGGAAUGAAAUGUGUCUAUCAUG